CGCCGGCGGCGGCGGCGGAGGGGGCGCCGCGGGCGGGCGAUGUGAGCGCGGCGCGCGGCCCAGAUUACGCCUGGUGUCGGGAGAAAUGGACAGCAGCAGUUUCAUUCAGUUUGAUGUGCCUGAGCACAGCAGCACUGUUCUGAGCCAACUAAACGAGCUCCGCCUGCAAGGGAAGCUAUGCGACAUCAUCGUCCACAUUCAGGGUCAGCCGUUCCGAGCUCACAAGGCCGUCCUUGCAGCCAGCUCCCCGUAUUUCCGGGACCAUUCAGCACUGAGCACUAUGAGUGGCUUGUCGAUAUCUGUGAUUAAGAACCCCAGCGUGUUUGAGCAGUUGCUCUCCUUCUGUUACACUGGAAGGAUGUCCUUGCAGCUGAAGGAUGUUGUCAGUUUUCUGACGGCAGCCAGCUUUCUUCAGAUGCAGUGUGUCAUUGACAAGUGCACGCAGAUCCUGGAGAGCAUCCACUCAAAGAUCAGCGUGGGAGAUGUUGACUCUGUCACCAUUGGUGCUGAAGAGAAUUCUGAGAGCCAGAACGGGGUGAAAGAUGGCAGCUUCUUCGCCAAUCCUGUUGAGAUCUCCCCUCCAUAUUGCCCUCAGGUACGGCCGCCUCCAGUCAGCAGUGAUCUCCGGAUGGAGACAACCCCCAGCAAAGCCCUUCGGAGCCGCUUACAGGAAGAGGGGCACUCAGAUCGGGGAAGCAGUGGGAGUGUGUCUGAGUAUGAGAUUCAGAUUGAAGGGGACCACGAGCAAGGGGACUUGUUGGUGAGGGAGAGCCAGAUCACAGAGGUGAAAGUGAAGAUGGAGAAGUCUGACCGGCCCAGCUGUUCUGACAGCUCCUCCCUGGGAGACGACGGCUACCACACGGAGAUGGUGGAUGGGGAACAAGUUGUGGCUGUGAAUGUAGGCGCCUAUGGCUCUGUGCUCCAGCAUGCGUACCCCUACUCCCAGGCAACCUCACAACCUUCCAGUGUGCCAGAAGCUUUUGGAGGUCAGAGCAAUUCCAGCCCAUCUAGGUCCAUGCUGAGCUGCUUCCGAGGCCGCGGGGCCCGCCAGAAGCGGGCUCUGUCUGUUCACCUGCACAGUGACCUGCAGGGUGUGGUGCCAGGCUCUGACAGUGAAGCCAUGAUGAACAAUCCUGGUUAUGAGAGCAGUCCCCGGGAGAGGAGUGCCAGAGGCUACUGGUACCCAUACAACGAGCGGUUGAUCUGUAUUUACUGUGGGAAGUCCUUUAACCAGAAGGGAAGCCUCGACAGGCACAUGCGGCUGCAUAUGGGCAUCACUCCCUUUGUGUGCAAGUUCUGUGGGAAGAAGUACACACGCAAGGACCAGCUGGAGUACCACAUCCGGGGCCACACUGACGACAAACCAUUCCGCUGCGAGGUCUGUGGCAAGUGCUUUCCAUUCCAGGGCACCCUCAACCAGCACCUGAGAAAAAACCACCCGGGUGUCACCGAGGUCAGGAGUCGCAUGGAGUCCCCCGAAAGAACAGAUGUGUACAUGGAACAGAAACUCGAAAGUGAUGCGGCAGCCUCAGAGAUGGCACUAGAUUCCCGCAUGGAAAUCCACACGGUAUCUGAUGCACCUGACUAAGGUGACAGAGAAGGAGCACCUGAACAAAGCACAUCAAUCAAUGCAUCGUUGUGAUUUGCUUUGUUGUAAUCUUUGCUUUUCCCCACCAUCUGGAAAUCUCCCGGUUCCUCCCGGUUUCUUGCUAGUUUCUCUGAAGGUUCUGGGUGGGGUACUUCUUGUGUUUACCCUCCCCUCCCAUCCCCUUCCCUUCUCCAAGGAGCUCAAAGCAUGAAGGGCAGCAUAUCCAGGGAAAACACAGGCUGACAGUAUUCCUCUUUGGCUGAACGUUUCUCCCAACUCUGCCAGUGAUUCAACUAUGCCAACUGGUUGACCCUACGUUCUCUGCCAAAAGAGGCAGGCGCUCUCUAUGGGUGCUAGCCCCAGUGUGUUUUCAUGGAGAGGCUAGGAUGCCGUCAGCUGGUACAAAUGGGUAACCUUUUCUAAUUUAAAAUUACUUUUAGGGGGUAGUUAGACAAUUUAUAUAUAUAUAUAAUAAAGUGGUUAUUAUAUAUAUAGUAUAUAUACAUUCUCAAAUUUGAGUUUAUUCUGGUUGAGGUGAAUGUAAGAGGAAUAUAUAAUUUAAUACAAUGUGAACAGAGCUCAGACUCUGUUUCAGCCCCACCUACUAUGUUAGUUUUAACCCUUCGUUUCCCUUACAGAAGAAUGUCAAUAGAUUUUGAUAUAUAGUAAUCAUGGUGUCCAAAUGCAAGCAAAGCAAAUCACAGUGUUCGUAGCUCUGUUUCAUAACAAACACAUAAACCAAAUGCCAUAAAAUUCCUCCAACUGUAGUGGGAAACCAUUUUGGAAUUUUUGUUUGUUGUCCAGGUACACUGGACAACCUGUGGUGCUGACCUUUCUAUACAAUGUAGUGUUAUAUUAGCCAACCCCAAAGGAGCAGUGGUUUUCAAGGUUUUUACUGGCCUACAAAUCUACCUUCAUUCCGUACUGUAGAAGCAUACAUACCAGGUAACUAAAUCCAGUCGCUCCGUCGGGAGUUAGUACUCUCACUAAAGGACAGGAAUUUGUAGCGCUUGUCUACAAAAUUCUCCAAGCAGUGUUGUAGUUCUGUUGUUUUGUUUUCUUUUGGGUUUUUCUCUCUCUCCUCAAACAGCCAGUUCAGGUGCACAACAACUUUUUCUAUGCAGUUCCCAGGGAAACUGCAGAACUUGGAAUUUGUACUUUUUGUAAAGCUAUACUCUAUGGGAAUUGCAAGCAAUAUAUCUAUCUUAGUAUUGUGUGUGCUAACAGAGCCUCAGUGGCUCCCCACUCAGUGUUUCCUGCUUGAAGAAAAAAGUCAAAACCCUCCAAGAUCCUCUGUGUGUCACCAAAUCUGUGUAUGUCUCACCAUUUUUGGUCAUGUGGUGCUAUUUUUAUGUUAAAUAUCUUUUAGGUCAGUAUCCGUCUAGAAAAUGUGAAACCUACCAGUAGUAAUGACGUAGUUACUUUCCUCUCAAGCUCACAGCUUGAAAAAAAAACCUCAAAAGCAUGUGCUGGCAAACAGGUUACUGUCUGAGUUGUGUCUGGUCAGUGCUUCUCUGCUGUUAGGUCCAUAUACACCAGCAGGCUUCACAGAUAGCUCUGGUUCUGUGGAUUCAGGCAAAGGGCAGUUUAGGAAGCAGCUGAGGGGCCGGUCUUGCAGCUGUGCUCUGCUCUGCCUGAGAACCUGGACUCUAACAAAUAAACAGAAACUCAGAAGCUAAGGACCACCCUCAAAGGCUACAAGCUAAAGAAUACGGAAAAGAUGUUUGCUGGUUUGCCAUGCUUUUUUGGCUGUUAAAAUACCAAGAAUAACAGUUUUUGGGGGAGGUUUUUGAUUUUUGUUGUUUUUGUUUUUCCUUAAGUUUUAUUCCAGCCCUUGUGUGUAGCAGCCCCAGUGGCGGCUCAGUAGCACCUCCUUAGCACACAGGAUCUGCUCAUGUGAAUUGCUCGCCUCACCUCAGUGUUAACUCCUGUUGAAGACUAAUCCCGCUGCUCCCUCCUGGAGCGGCUCUUGCUAAUCGGGUAUACGGUAUGCCUUUUCCUCGUCAAACUGCCUAAGUCGGGGUUUGUUCUCUCCCUGAAGCAUUUGUUCAGCCGAGAAAGCUGAAGGCCUCAAGGAGAGGCUGGGCCCCAAAUGUUUACCUACUUAAGUGUGUUCUGAGGUUUCAGGUAAAUGUCUGUGAUUUUUCAUUUUCCUUACACAAAUGUUUUUGGUUUUGAUUUUUGUUUGUUUGUUUGUUUAUUUAGAAUUAAAUGCAAAAAAAUUUUUUUUGUGUGUUGUGAUAUCAAUUAAGUUUGUGACAAGAAAGGCCCCAAAUCGAAGGACGUGAGACGUGGAGCUCAUGGAAGGAGCCUCCUUUUCACUUAGUUAGGCCUGUGGCCUUCUGAGGCGCUUCCAGAGCACCUGUGGCGAGGGGAGUGCACUCGGGCAGCGCGUCCAUGUCCUGGCUCUUGUCACUGUCUGUUGGAACUUUCGUACACGGAGUUCUUGUGUUUGUCAACUUGUUUAGCUGGUUUGAGUUUACCAAAGAGUGACUUAUCCAAAAUUGUCUUUGACAAAAAUAUACAUUGCUUUGAUUGUACAGUUCAGGUUCAAACAUUGUAAUGGGACUGUUAGGGGCAGAAAACCAAUUUGAGUUAUAAAUGAUCAUGAUUCCACAUUUUGCAAGUUGCGCUUGCUCCCAUUCAUGUUGCUAAUACUUUACCCUCUCCACUGCUAGCAGUGUUAAGAAUGAAUUCUCAAGCCAUAACACAGUACUGUAAAGUUCACGGGGCUUUGAGGGAGACAGCGUCCAGGCCAGCACAGCGUUGCAUAGCUUGUCUGCACAGUCACCCUAGGUGCCUGCCAAAGGGCAUGGCUGCCAAGGGCCUUCCAUGCAGACAGGGCCGCAGCAAUUAAUUGUGCCUAGCCACAUGAGGAUGUGCCAGGAGAGCCAGCAUGGCCGCCGAGCAGGCCUCUCUCCCUGAAGCUCACUGUGUAACUCCUUGCGGACAGCAAACCUGUCCCUGUACAGUUGUAGGUUAGGUCUCUCCGUAUAGCAGAUGCACAAGUCCACUAAGAUAAACAGUAUGUGAAGACAUCUUUCACAGUGAAUUAUGUCCUGCUUCCAUACAGGCCUGUGCGUGAGUGAGUCUCUUCUCAGCUACCUUUCCACCUUAGACAAUGUGAAGACAGCCACAGCGCCCUUCCUUCCCUAUGACAUUUACCCCAUUGCACAAACUGUGAAGACGUUUUAUACUUUUGCUAACAUUUGUGGUUUUCAAUCCUUAUGUUUCUUCUCAUCAGUCCUCUGCCCUCUUGUUUCUACUAAAGCUGUAAAUACCUUUAGAAACCAUUUGUAAAUACAGUUAAAAGAUGAGUUCAUCUUCCCGGUCAGUGGAAAAGCCUCCCAAUCAAUUGGCUCUGCUUUGGCAGUUUUUGUUGUUGGGGUGUGUGUGUGUGUGUGUGUGUGUGUGUGUGUGUGUGUGUGUGUGUGUGAUGUUUAUUUGUUUGUUUUUUUAAGCAGCAGAAAGGAUACUGUCAGUUCACUGUUAAGCAGAAUAUACUGUAGAACUAAAUUGGUAAUUUUUAAAUCUCCAGAGCAUGAGUGUAUGUCUUUUUUAAUAACAGCAAGUAUAACCACCUCUUUAUUUUACCCUUAGCCCAGACCAUAGGCCUGCAUAUUUUCUGUGUGUGGUUUUAAUUUUUAACAACCUUGGUUCUGGAGAGAAUCUGCGGGAACACAAAGCAAGGGCUAGGGGAAAUGUCCGUGUGAAUGAGCUCUACCUUAGGGUGCUGUUUUAUUUUAAGCUUUCCACUUGUUACUGUGAUGCUUUUGUUGUCACUGUUGUUGUUAGAUUCUAUAAUGGUUUCCUGUGAAGCCUCCACUGAAAGGGACUCAAAUAUGCAACAUCUAAACUAUUUUCCAAGGGCUCAUGCCCCUUGAAUGGUGCUUCUAGCCUGGUCAGGGUUAUUUAUUAAAUUUUAUAUAUGAAAGUAUUGGGGAAUAUGUAAACUCUUUAUACGAGACUAUCUAGUUCUUACAUCAUAGAUUUCAUGUACUCAGUGCAGCUGAACUGUAAGUUCAGAGAAGUCAUUCAUUUUGUUCCAGAUUCGUAAUGGUCGUCAUACACGCCGUCUUCAGUAAGUGCCAGAGUUCCCACUGUUCCUGCCAGGGCUUGCCAACUCCAGGUGCCCCCUGGGUCUGGCACAGACAGGGCUAUUGCUGCUCCUGAUUAGCUCAGAGUAAGCCUCGCUCGCUGCUCUGAGUGGCAGAUUGAGCACACAGACCUCUCACAGCCCUUCAGUGACAAGAAUGCUGUGAAUGUGGCCUUGGGACUUGCAGACCAAGCUCCAGGCUGCUGCCCUGACUAGAGCAAGAGGUAAACUCACCUGCCUCCCCUGAGAACGACCGACCGUUUUCCUAAUGUGAAACCACCCCGUACCACUUUCGCAGUAGGGCUAGCAUAAUCUUCCGUUACAAAUGGCUGAGCAGUUUGAAUGACUUCACAUGGUGUCAUUAUCUUGCAAUAUAAACUGGUAACCUCACAAUGCCACACUUCAUCACCACGUGAAGUAAAUGAAGCUAGCUAAGCGGAUGCUGUAUCAACUUGUAACUUACCAUUGAGGGUUAUUUUGUAGCAUGAAUUGAAGACUAUUUAUUCAAAUGAUAUUUUACUUGUAUUCAUUUUGCUUUAGGUUUGUGACAUGAAUAUUUCAGUGCUGCUUAAUUUCAUUCUGAAUUCUUGUUUCUUGCUUGUAAAUGGCUUUUUUUAUGGUAAAGAUGCAAUGGAAAUUGCUGUUUGUAAAUAAAAAUGCUGC